AUGGCGGUCACGCUCUCCGACAAGCAGAGGGUUUCAGCGGCCAUCGUCAUUUCCUCCGCAUUCCUCAUCGCAGAACUUGGAGUCGCCUUUAAGACUGGAAGCCUCGCCCUGAUGGCUGACGCCUUCCACUACUUUAACGAUCUUGUCGGUUUCGUCGCAACCCUGACGUCCAUCACUAUUUCCGAGAAGAUCAAACAUCGCCAGAAUCUCUCCUUUGGUUGGCAGCGGGCCCGGGUUCUAGGCGCCUUCUUCAGCGGAUCAUUCCUGCUGGCCUUCGGAGUUAGCAUCCUUCUCCAAUCUGUCGAGCGCUUCAUCUCGCUCGAAGAAGUCGAUAACGUGAAGCUGAUGCUCGUCGUGGGCUGUGUGGGCCUCGGUGCGAACGUCGUCACCGCCGCGUUCCUGUACGACCGAGCGCAGUCCGAGGGUCGCGCCGACGCCGUCCCCGUCGACUCCCAUGCAGGGCACCGACACAUCCGACGUUCCCUCAAGGAGCCCGGCCGUGAUCUGGGCAUGCUGGGCGCGCUGCUGCACGUUCUCGGCGACGCGCUGAACAACUUGGGCGUCAUCGUCGCCGCCGCCGUCAUCUGGUUCGCGCCGUCGCCUGGCCGUUUCUACGCCGACCCGGCCGUGGGCAUGGGCAUCUCGCUAAUGAUUAUCCUCUCCGCCGUGCCGCUCGUCAGGCACAGCGGCGAGAUCCUACUGCAGAGCGCACCGGCGGGGGUCAGCCUGGGCGACAUCAGCCACGACCUCGAGAAGAUACCGGGCAUCGUCGCGGUACACGAGUUGCAUGUUUGGCGUCUCAACCAGAACAAGGCCGUCGCCUCGGCGCACGUCGUCGUCUCGGACCCGGACGUGGCCAGCUUCAUGGCCCGGGCGCGCACCAUUAGGGAGUGUCUGCACGCCUACGGCAUCCACUCGACGACCCUGCAGCCGGAGCUGCUGCUAGUGCCGCCGUCAUCGCCGCCUCCACCCGAUGGGCCCGUUGUUGCCGUUGCCGAACCGCCCGUGUGCCAGAUUGCGUGCGGGGAGGGCGUCUGUGGUCAUCUCACGUGCUGCGAUCCCCUGAGGCAGGUGUGA